CGGGCCGCGUACCGCCAGCCGUCCAGCCGGCUGAGGAAAGAAAGACAAGACAGUCUCACCAUCGCCUUGCCGCGGCUUAAGUCCCAGUGUGCCUCCGUCCCGCGCGUGCCUGUGUUCCACCAAGUCACCGCCAGGGGGCGCCAACACGGCGCGCAGCGUGUGUGCCGGCAGGGCCAUGGGGGGCAUGACGGCGGACAGCGACGCCGGCGCCUGAAAGCAGCAGCAGCAAACGUUGGCGCAGAAGGGAGUUCGGCGUGCGAUCCCGGUCGCCUCCAACCAGGCCGCGCCGAAGCCGGCCGCCGGGGCCGUGUCAUGUGUUGACGGUGUUGACGGGCAGGGCCAGACGCCAGGGCGCUGACGGCGAGGUGCUUCCGCCGGCUCCAGCAUGUCUGCGCGGUGUCUCCGCGCGGCGCUGGCGGCGCUGCUGCUGACGGUGACCGUCGUGGUGGCCCUCAAGUACGACGCGAAGCAGCCCUACUGCCGCAACUACGGCGGCUGCUACCCGCGCGCCGCCCCCCGCGACUACCCCUACCUGCCCGCGCCCCCGGGCAAGACCCCCCGCUGCGCCCGGCCCGGGGCCACCUUCUGCGAGAGCGCCGACCACUACCCGGCACACCUGAUCCAGUACCUGGUCGACCGCUGGGCCUACGACUUCAACACGCUGCUCAAGAGCGAGGAUGCGGAGGACUUCAGCUCCAGGUUCCCCGUGACGUACUCGUACGGCCCCGGCCCUCAGGACAACGCCACGGCGCCCAGCGGGCCCAGCGGGCCGGCACUGGGGUACAGGCCGGCCGCGAGCUACGGCCCUCCCGGGUACCGGCAGGACGGCUACCCCGACAGGAGGUACUCCCUGAACGCGGCGCUGACGGACAUCACGUACCCGCCCAUGUCGCCGACGCCCGCCCCGGAGGAGGCCCCGGAGUCCUUCCCGCAGCAGUCCGUCUCCAUCAACCCAGCGGGGCCGAUCGCGUGGGCGAGGUUCCGGCGCGACGCGUCGAGACUGCUGCGGCGUCGGCAGCGGCGCCAGACGUCCACGUCGGAGGCCGGGUCCACGACGCUGUGCCCCACGACGUCGUCCUUCAUCACCCCGCAGGCCGCCCUCAACACCAAGGGCGUGUGGAUGUUCGUCGCCAACGUGCCGGACGCCCAGGGCGGCCAGGCGGCCGGCCAGGGCGGCGGCCGCUACACCCAGCUCGUACGGGCCGAGUCGUGCGUGACCAGCGAGUGCAACGGCAUCUGCUCGCUGCCCAACGGCUACUCGUCGCGGUGCGAGCAGCAGUACGUGCAGAAGAGACUGGUGGCGCUGGGCGGCGGCGGCGACCGCCUGUACACGGACACCUUCUGGUUCCCGCACUGCUGCGUGUGCCACAUCAGGGCCUCCUCCUAGGGCGCGGCGGCGCCCUCGGGCCCGGAGC